CCUGCGCGCGGCGUUUCCGUUGGCGAGCAACAUCCGUUGGUGGCGUUUCCGGGCCCCUUUGUCUUCGGCGCCGCAGCCGGGCUUGGCAGGCGGCGAGAGGGUCUUCGCGGCGCCUUGGAGUUCCCUCAGAGGGGGAAGACGCCCCCGGGACCCGGCCUUGGACCCUGGGCCGCCUCCUUCCUCAGUGAGAAGCGGCCUUUUUGGAAACAGGAAAGAAAACUGUCAUAUUUUUCAACAUGGCACAGUUCAAACGCCAGAAGCAAUUGAGAACCAGCAAUCUUCAGGGAGCCCGAUCAUUCUCAGGAGCCCAGCCAGCCUCUUUAUUGGGACCAGCACCUGGCCUAUUAAAUCCUCCUAUCUCAGCAGAUAUUCUUCAGGCGGCACGUCAUCUUCAGGGGGGAGAGAAGCAACGCGUUUUUACUGGUAUUGUUACCAGUCUCCAUGAUUACUUUGGAGUGGUGGAUGAUGAAGUUUUCUUCCAGUUAAGCACUGUCAAAGGCCGAAUCCCGCAGAUUGGUGAAAAGGUGUUGGUGAAAGCUGUUUAUAAUCCAAGCCAAUCAGUGCCAUGGAAUGCACUGAAGGUCCAGACAUUAUCAAAUCAGCCUCUUCUGAAACCUCCCACCCCGCUGCUCCAUGUGGCUUCUUUGGGACAGAAGCAAGGCAUCUUGGGAGCGCAGCCUCAACUGCUGUUUCAGCCUCAUCGAAUCCCUCCCCUCUUUCCCCAGAAGCCAAUGAGUCUCUUCCAGACAUCGCCAUCCCUCCAUUUGGGUCACCUUGGGAGAUACACUGGUCGGGGUCCAAAGGGCAGGCAAGACACGGGCAGAUGGGAUGACUUUGAUUCCAAGAAGCGAAAGCAGAAGGGGAAUGAGCCAUGGGGAGUGAAAAGGCCUCGGCAUGAACCACCCCAGUAUCGGGUCCAUUUGGCUUGUUAUAGCCUGGACAGCCCCUCCUGUGAUGCAAUGGAAAUCUUAAGGCGUUACAGCAGCAUCCAGUUGCCCAAGGAGUUCUAUGAUGUCCGCCUCUCCUGGCUGGAUACCUUGCCGGUCACUCAGCCCCUGACCCUCCGUCAUCCCAGCCGCAUCCAGCUGGCUCGCCCUGCAGUAGAAGCCCCUCUGGCCGAAGAGAGCCUCGCUUUGGAUUCCCAGCCAGAAGACACCAACUCCUCUUUCAGUGCUAAGGUCUUGCUGUUGUCUUCUCCGGGCCUAGAAGAAUUCUACCGUCAUUGCUUGCAAUAUAUUGAUGAUCCCAGUGACCAGAGAGAGAGUCCUGAGCACCCAGCCAAGCAAAUUAAGUUCUUGCUGGGAAAGAAAGCAGAUGAAACAGUGCUGAUAGGAGGGGAGUGGUCCCCUUCUCUGGAUGGCCCCGACCCAGCAGCAAACCCCAUGGUCCUGAUUCGCACUGCCAUCCGUUGCACGAAGGUUCAGACUGGUUUGGACCUGACGGGCUGCACCAAAUGGCUCCGGUUUGCUGAGUUCAGAUAUCUGCGAGAAGGAAACCCAUCUCAUCAAGAGCAGACAGUGGUCUUCCUGCCAGAUGUCUGGAGCUGCAUGCCGUCUCUGGAGGAAUGGGAGGCCUUAUGCAAACAGAAAGCAGAGAAAAACCCUUCUGCACCGCCACAAGAAGAGACAGCGGUGAUGGAAGAAGCUGAACAGUCUUCUGAAACAGGUCUUGAACAAGAGACGGAAACCAGUGAACAGGAAGCAGAGACAGCUGAUCCUGCUCCGGAGCCAGGUGUUGAGACCUCCCCCUCUGAACCCGAAGCCUCAUCUCCUCCCCUAGAACCUGCCAUUAUUGCUUCCCCAAAACCUGCACUGCAGGGAGGUCAACCCAGCUGUACCAACCUCUCCCUUUGGACCUUGCUGGAGUACAGGAGGCAGCGGGAGAAGCUCUCCUUCGAGGUGGCCGUAGCGGCAGAGUUCUUCCAGGAGAUGAUGCAGCGGGAUUUUGGCUACAAGCUCUACAAAGCAUUGCUGGCCCUGCCGGAGAAGGAGGAGCCACUGGAGGCAAAGAAUCCCGAGGCUGAGAAAAUGGCAGAAUCAGAGAAGGAAGGAGAGAGCGAGGUCAAAGAAGAACCUUUGGAGAAACCCGAGUCAGAGGAAGGAGCAGAGAGUGACCAGAAGGAAGCUCAGAAAGAGGAGACAGCUGUGGAGGCUGAGAAGAAGCCAGUGGGUCAGGAUGGGUCAAAUUUGGCCAAGGAGGAGAAAGUUGGAGGAAAGGUGAAAUCGGAGCCAAAGGAUUCCACAGAGGACCUCUGCGAACUGAGCCUAGAGGAUGAUUUGCUGCUGCUAAGAGAAGACGAGGAGGAGGAUUUUGGUGUCAAACUGGAAGAUGCUGAAGUGAGAUCGGUUGCAUCCAAUCAGUCCGAGAUGGAGUUCUCCUCACUUCACGAUGUGUCCAGAGGGCUGGACCCAAGCGCCGUGUUACCAUUGGAUGCCCUCCUUGCCUUCGUUUAUUUUGACCUGAAUGGCUGCGGUUACCUGCAUCGGAAGGAUAUAGAAAAGAUCCUCCUUACCUUAGGUCUGCACCUCUGUAAAGAACAGGUGAAGCACUUGGUGAACCGGGUGGUGACGCAGUUCGUGUGCCGUUACCGCAGCCUCCGCUACAGCCGGCAGGAAGGGACUGAGUUGGGCCCCAAUGAGGAGCCAUUAGGGAACCUCACGCUGCUGCCUUCUUCCUCUUCUACAACCGCAGUUCCUGCCAAAUCUGUCCCAGCAUCUCAGUCUGGUAACAUGGUUGUGCAUAAUGGAGCCGUCCUCAAUGUGGAUAAACUGCUGGAAAAAGCAGAGCAGACAGAAAGUAGCCGCCUCUAUCUGGAGACCAAAAUUCACACACUGGAGCUCAAACUGGAAGAGACCCAGCUUCGUUUCUCCGCCUCAGAGGCCUCCAACAAGUCACUCACAUUAGAAGUGCAAGAGCUUCAGAAGCGCCUCACUGAGAUGGAGGAGCAGUCAAAAGUGACCGAGAAGCAAAAAACUAAUUUUCAAAGGCUGCUGCAGGAGAACAAGAAGCGUUUGGCUCCUCUGCAGCUGGAAAUCCAGAAGAUCAUUGAGAAGACCAAUAAUUGCUUAGAAAAGAAGGAACCGGCACCAACAGCAGCCUCCAGCAACUGAUGUUCCUUGGAGGAGUAGCAGCUCAGCAGGGAGGAUCUGUCUCCUGGUUUGAUAUUUAUAGAGCUGUGGGUUUAGUGGCUGGGUUAUGCCUUGGAGACCUCCAACCCUUUCACUGCCACGUGAAAAGCCAGGGCUGGGUUUUGUGCCAAGCCACAGCCACCAAUGCCGCCACCACCAUUGCCACCUCAGGGUUGGGGAAAGGCCCACCUCCCCUAAGCCUGGUUGGGAUUCACAGUUCAUAUGCUGCAGCCACCGUUAUUAUUUUUUUUUCAAGGAUGCCCAUUAGGUAGGAGAUUUGAUGGUCCAUUGUGUGAGCAGUUUAGGCAUUCUCAGGCUGUCUGUCAUCAGAAAGGAAACUUGAGCCCGAUUCUGAGCCUGGCGGUUUUAUAAGUGGGCAACAGUUGCCAAGGACUCCAUCGCCUGCCUCUCUGUGCUGCGUGGAGACUCUUCCCCGCCCCUUCAUUCACUCCAUGCUUCCCCUUCAUUUCCUUUUCCCCAAGCUUUUGCCUUUUGACUAGAAUAUGGUUCUGGAGGGCUGCAAAGGCAGUCAUCAAACCGGGCAGAACUUCAGAAUCAGUAGCAUGGGUCCUGCCUGUGCUCUCUCUCCAUGGGAUGUGAAUUCAGUGCCGCAGCCCAGUUUGUGGUAUGGAUGAGUCUCCACCUUCAUGCAUCCAGUGUAGCAUUUGGACCCUUACGCUGGUUCUGUCUUGGCCAGUCUUAAAACCACUCAUUUGCCAGAUGUAGCUUCAAUGGCUCAGCAGCCUGCUGUGUGUUGUGUUAGGCUUCACAUUUAAGUGAAAUCCGUGGCUAUCAGGCAUGGGCUUUGAGGGCCUUGGCAAGGAGGUACUUGCCUUCCAUUUGGGGGAAGUAAGUAGCGGAAGCUGCUAGAGGGCUGUGGUAGAUAGCCCAUUGGGUCCCUGUGGUAGUUUUUAGCAGAAUAGCUGGUGGGGUUGUGGAAAAAAGCAGUGGCUGGCCUUGGGCCGCCUUCUCGCCAGAGGGAUUGGUUGGUUGUAUCCGCCCUGGCCCCCUGCUUGCCCACCUCAGGUGGUCUGUCACUUCUGGAUGUGUUGCUUUUAGUCUGUAAAUGUGGUAACAACUUGUAUUUAACUGGCCAGGUUCCCUUUUAUAAAAGUCUCUCUUCCUCA